GACGCUGUUUGCUGUCUAUAUAAGGCAAAUGAUGACAAAAUAAAGGAAUCAUACUAAAAUUUAAAGUGCCUGCUUCAUUGAAGGAAAUCGACACAAUGCAUCGUGGGAUUUUACACUGAACAUUUUAUUUUUAACUACGGUUGUAGCCAGAUAGUCUAGCAAGCUUGCAUUUUUAAGAUUAGCUAAAUUAGCGAAUCUUAGCUAGUCUACCUUACAUGGUAACCAUACUUUUUAACGUUUACUUCAAAGAAGAACGACAGAACAGAAGAAAAUCUUUUUGUGUUUUAAGUAAAGGGGUGAGCACUUUUUAAAGACAAACCAAGAAACUAGAAGAAACCGAAAUAUCGACCACGAUGGAAUCAGGCGGCAAGCAAGUGACGGUCCAGCUGAUGCUGGCGGUGGGAGCUGCUGUGAUUGGCUCACUGCAGUUUGGCUAUAACACGGGAGUCAUCAACGCCCCCCAGAAGAUUAUUGAGAAAUUCUACAAUGAGACAUGGUUUGACCGUUACAAUGAGCAAAUUCCACAAACCUCUCUGACGUCCCUCUGGUCCAUCUCGGUCGCCAUCUUCUCCGUCGGCGGAAUUUUCGGGUCCUUCUCCGUGGGUCUGUUCGUCAACCGCCUCGGAAGGAGGAACUCCAUGCUCAUCGCCAACGUCCUUGCCUUUAUCGCCGCCGUGCUCAUGGGCUUCUCCAGGCUGGCCGCCUCCUGGGAGAUGCUCAUCGUCGGCCGCUUCGUGGUAGGCCUGUACUCGGGGCUGUCCACCGGCUUCGUGCCCAUGUAUGUGGGCGAGAUCGCCCCCACCGCCCUGCGGGGGGCUCUGGGCACUCUCCACCAGCUGGGCAUCGUCAUCGGCAUCCUCAUGGCACAGGUGUUUGGGUUGGACUCCAUCCUGGGGACCCCCACAUUGUGGCCCUUCCUGCUGGGGUUCACCUUCAUCCCCGCCGUGCUGCAGUGCGCCCUUCUGCCCUUCUGCCCCGAGAGCCCCCGCUUCCUGCUCAUCAACCGCAACGAGGAGAACAAGGCCAAGAGCGUGCUGAAGAAGCUUCGGGGCGUGACAGAUGUGAGCGCAGACAUGCAGGAGAUGAAGGAGGAGAGCAGGCAGAUGAUGAGGGAGAAGAAGGUGACCAUCCCCGAGCUGUUCCGCUCGCCGCUCUACCGCCAGCCCAUCUUCAUCGCCAUCAUACUGCAGCUGUCCCAACAGCUGUCCGGCAUCAACGCUGUCUUCUACUACUCCACCCGGAUCUUUGAGAAGGCGGGCGUGUCCCAGCCCGUCUACGCCACCAUUGGCGCUGGAGUCGUCAACACCGCCUUCACCGUGGUGUCGCUGUUUGUGGUGGAACGCGCUGGCCGCAGGUCUCUGCACCUCGUCGGCCUCAUGGGAAUGGCCGGAUCCGCUGUCCUGAUGACCGUCGCCAUGGCGCUGCUGGACAAGCUGAAGUGGAUGUCCUACGUCAGCAUCGUGGCCAUCUUCAGCUUCGUGGCGUUCUUCGAGAUCGGGCCGGGCCCCAUCCCCUGGUUCAUCGUGGCCGAGCUGUUCAGCCAGGGCCCGCGGCCUGCUGCCUUCGCCGUGGCGGGAUUCUCCAACUGGUCCGCUAACUUCAUUGUGGGCAUGUGCUUCCAGUAUGUGGAGGAACUCUGCGGCCCGUACGUCUUCGUCAUCUUCACCGUGCUGCUCAUCAUCUUCUUCGUUUUCACCUACUUCAAAGUUCCGGAGACCAAGGGCCGCACCUUCGACGAGAUCUCCGCCGGGUUCCGCCAGACGGCAGCGGGGACGGCGGUGGAGAAGUACGCCCCCGAGGAGAUGAACAGCCUGGGGGCGGACUCCCAGCUCUGAGCCCCGCUCCUGCGCCCCCUACAGGAGCAAACUCGCUCUGAUACUACUGAUAGACUGACAUGCUGGCUGGCUGUCCACAUAUUCGCGGCAUUCAUAGAGCAAGGGGUGGGGUGGGGCAGACCCCUGUCCGGGUAUCUUCAGUAUGUUGGGCUGGGGUUUGGGUUGGGGGUGGGGAGUUUAACACCGAAGCAUCUGAGAGAGGAAAAGGGGGUCUUAGACAACCUCCUUUUAUACAUACGUGUACAUGUUUGUUUUUGUUUAUGUCUUGCUUUGUUCAUCGUCACUUUUCGUCAUGCUGAUGGGACCUUAGAUCAGCGUUAGUCUUCCUUGCCCACGUUCCUUUCCUGCAGCUACAGCAAGUUCCGUUACUUUUCAACGAGAGACGAAUCAUUCUCUUUUCCUCAGCCUACUGUCAGGCUGUCUCAUUUUUUGGUUAUACAGUUCAGAUACCAUACCUACAGUACACCCACCCAUUCCAUUUGAAGGGGAGUGUCUUUGAAAGGCCAGGCAGUGAAGGGAAGAAUAACUCUAUCCAGAUUAUUGCCACGACCCUGGGAGGGAUUUCAUGCUGAGUGGUGUGUUUGGAGCCAUAGUAUCUUAACAAUUAGGUGGCUAAAUGACUUGAGGAUUAACUUGACUUAAAUCUUGAGGAUUUUUAGAGGGGCUGUUUGAUACAGCCUUUUUAAUUGUUUAAAAAAAACGGUUUUCCUGAUAACAUCUUGGUUUUGAAAAUUAUUUUUAAAUAAAUUUUUAAACACUCUUUUUGCUGACUAGACUGUCUGCAUGAUAUUAUUUCUGUGAAAAGAGCAAUCAGCAGUAGAUUCUAGUUUUGGCAAUGGCCUGGAAUGAAUUGUACCCCUGCAAGAUUGCGCUCAGCACAGAAAAGUGCCACUGCUUAGUCAGAGCACUAGAUUGACAUGUCAGUUGAGUCACCACCAGGGGGCACUCCAGUUGUAUAGGAGAAAUGGUCAGAUGUUCUUUGCCCUAUAACUUUCCGUUCUCGGAAUACCUCCAAAUCUCUCUCGACCGCGGGAAAAUUCCUAGAAUUCACACAUAUUGAAGAGGUCUGUUUAUUACAGUGAUGCUGUAUUUGUAAGACAAUUUUCAUAUGUAGCUUUUUUGCCGGUCUGUUCCUGGUAUAAAUGUGGUCACUUAUGAUGAAACAGUUUCCAUGAAAUUAAAGAAAGUAAGUAAUUGUUUUUGAUGUAUAUCUGUGGAAGUAGAACCCACCAUUUCACUGAAGGUGAUUUUUAUGUUACUGCCCUAAUUCUGUGAACAUGGCCACUGUUAUGGCCACUGCAGCAAUAGCAGAUGAAUUUUAAAACAAACCCUAAAACCCAGAAUGAGAACAUGAGGCUCUUGAAGGAUCCUCUGCUCUAUAGUCCUUUAACCUCAAACACACUUUCAGUUUUGUCAUUUGUUCAUUUUCAGUUUUAAGUAGCCCAUUGGAGGGGGCAAGCAGUGCGGUCAAGCCAGAAAUGUCAAUUAGGAUAUUUUUAUUGAACAUAUUAAAAAAAUAGUGCUGAGCCAGCAAAUCUGCCUAUGGGCCAUUACAGUGAGCCAUUACAGAGGCCGUGUGUCUGUGUGGUAUCAGAUGUGUGUACAUAGGUGUGCCCAGUCCUAUGUGCACCUGAACGCCUCCAUAUAGCAACCAAUAAUGUAAUAACUAACCAGUAACAUAGUGACCAACAAUGGCUAUACUACCUAACUAGAAAUGUAAUUACAUUGUAACUAACAAAUAAUGUAAUGCCCAACCAGUAAUUUACUAAUGGGUUAUAAUUGGGUGAUGAUUGAUGAUUGACUAUAAUUAAA